AUGUCAUCGAUUAUACGACAGUCAGAUUCAGACUCAGAAUCAAAGUCAGAUACUGAAAAAUCCUCUAGUUUAUCCUCUUCAUUGGAAGAAAAUGCAAAUAUACAACAGAUUGAAGACGACGAUACCAGACCCAAACCCAUGAUACCGAUAUCGACUUCGAUUAUUCUAGACCAGUUACCAAUUAGUCGUCAACAGAAAUUAGAACAAACUAUAAACGAACAAAUACAUCAUGAGAGAUUAAAGACAUUGGUAUUUAGUAAAACUAGUGCUAAAGAGAAGGGGGAGGAGGGAAAAGGGGAGGAGGGGGAGCAAAAACUAGCUAUUGAAAGUAAUAAAAUUAGUCUACGGUUUCAACCCAUUGGUUCAACUAGAGGAAUUGUUCCAAAAGUAUUUAAAAUAUCUACUACCCAAACAGUAUCAACUAUUAACAAAUUUCUAUGUCAAAAAUUAAAACAAAAGGCACCAUUUCAUUUAUAUAUUCAAAACUCGUUUGAACCAAAUCCCGAUGAAAAAAUCGGUGAUCUAUACAAUUUGUUCAAGACAAAUAAUGAAUUGAUUAUAAGUUAUUGCAAUACACUAGCAUUUGGAUAA